AUGUCCACAUAUAAUAAUGUGUUGGGUAAUUUUACCUCGCAUGCGAAUGAUUUAAGUGAUGUGGAGGAUUACUAUGAAGAUUCAGGUUCUGAACCAGAACCUGAAAUGGGUCUCAAUCGUAAUACUAAUAAAUAUUCUCAAAUCAAUACCUUUGAUGAACGAACUCAAUUUGUUGAAUCAUUACUUAAUGAACGACGUGGUUCACUCACCUUGGCUAGUAGUGAAGCUUCACUACCAACAAUGUCGAGUACUAGUCGUGCAAGUCGAAUGUCAACAACUACAACAAUUGAUAAUCGUCCUAAACAUUUAAUAUUGGGUAAUUUUGAAUUAAUUAAUGUUGUUGAUUGUGAAGAACAUGUCCUCUGUUGUAAAUAUAGUCCACAGGGUGAUUCAUUUGCUGUUGGAUUAGGUAAUGGUACAAUUAAAAUUUAUUCGAAAUCAGGUCAAUUUCAAUAUUCCCUAUCUGACAAUGAUACAAAAACUCGACGUUAUCCUGUAACAUGUUUGAAAUUCUAUGCAAAUAAAGAUGAUUUAAAAGCUGAUCAUCAAAAAAUGUUAGCUGCUACUUAUACUGCUGGUUAUGUCAAAAUUUGGCAUUAUUCAACUCAACAAUGUGUUUUUACAUUCGAUGAAAAAGAACGACAACCGUUAGCACUUGAUUUUAAUAGUACCUAUACACAUUUAUUUGUUGCUGGUAGUGAUUGUGCGAUAAAUUGUUAUGAUUUUACAACAAAAAAAUUAAUUCAUAAAUUUCAAGCAUCACAAAGUCGAGAAAAUAUGGAUGGUCAUAAAAGUCGUAUUCAUGCUAUACGUUCACAUCCAACUAUAGAAACUAUUUUUCUUACGGGUGGUUGGGAUGAUACUAUUCAUUAUUGGGAUGAACGUACAUUACAUUCACAAAAACAUUUUCCUGGUCCACAUUUAUGUGGUGAUGCUUUAGAUAUUGUUGCUGAACAUCAAGUUAUUUUAACAGGUUCUUGGAGAAAAUCUUCAACAUUACAAAUUUGGGAUUUUACAACAGGUGAAUUAAUCAAAGAUGUUUUUAAAAAUAAUGCUACAUCAAUGCUUUAUUGUACGAAAUUUUCUGUGAAAGAAUAUAUUUUAUGUGCUGGAAAUGAUAAAAAUGAAGCUAUUAUUUAUGAUUAUUCAAAAUUAAAAAUGGUCGGUGGUAUAACAGAUCUUGAAAAUGGUGUUUAUUGUGCUGAUACAGAUGUCAAUCGAUUAAAUAUGAUUGUUGGUUCAGGAAAAAAUAUUUUUAUUGUCAAUGACAAAUCUCGUAUUAGAUAA